UUUUUGACAAUUCAUUAAUUUCCAAAACUUCUGUCGGUAUGUUGGCUCGUGCACAUCCAAAAUGAUAGUUUUUGUGUUAAAUAUACUAAAUAUUACUUAUUUAUUUAAAUAUGGUUUGAAUAAUUUUUGAUAUUUUUACGAUAACCCAAAGGAAUUAGGUUUUAUAGUCCUUAAAAUCAUUAUAACCUAACAUGGCUCUUUCUAUACCAAUUUUCGCUAGGGGAUCUAGUGGAAUCAGUGCUGUUUUGGGUCCUCCGAAUUUCGAGCCAUUGAAAGAUGUACCACCAAUUCAAAGUAAAGCAUGUCGGACUCUGAUAUUUAGUCCAGAUGGAACAUAUUUUGCUUAUGUUAUGGGAUCUACGAUUACUGUACUUAAAACUGGAAACUGGCAAACAGUUGCCACAAUUCAAGAUACAAAAACGUAUCAUUUGGCUUUUUCACCAAAAAGUACAUUCUUAAUGACUUGGGAACCGUUUACUGUGAGCAAUGCAAAUCCUCAGGGCAAUCCAAAUCUGAAAAUUUAUAGAACAGAAAAUGGGGAACUAAUAAAAAGUUUUGUUCAGAAGAAACAAACCAACUGGGAACCACAGUGGAGUAAUGAUGAAAAGUUAUUUACUAGGCCAGUUAAUACUGAUGUUGUAUUUUAUGAAGACCUUAAUUUUGAAAAAAUUGUUUCAAGACUAUCGGGCCAUAAAAUUGUAUCUUACAGUUUGUCCCCUAAUACUGGCUCUUAUUUUGUCUUAUGUCAUACUCUGGGAAGCCCAGGCCAACCCUCUUUUGGAAGGCUGUUCAAAUAUCCAAACUUUGAUAAUCAGCAGUCGAUUGCGAAUAAAAGUUUUUUCCAAGCCGAUAAUAUGGAUUAUUUAUGGAACUCGAAGGGAAAUAAUGCAUUGCUGUUGACGUCAACUGAGGUGGAUAAAACUGGGGGAUCUUAUUAUGGCAAGCAAGGGCUUCAUUUUCUUGGUUUAAAUGGAUAUACUUCUCUUGUCACAAUGAAUAAAGAAGGACCUAUUUACAGUGUACAGUGGUCGCCGAAAAAUCAAGAAUUCUGCGUAGUGUAUGGAUUUAUGCCGGCUAAGGCUACAAUUUUCAAUUUGAAAUGCGAGCCGGUGUUUGAGUUGGGUACUGGGUCCAGGAAUUCUGUUUAUUACAAUCCUCAGGGUAACAUACUGUUGUUGGGUGGAUUUGGCAAUCUUAGAGGUCAGAUUGAGACAUGGGAUGCUGUCAACAAGAAGAAAAUAGGCAGUUGUGAAGCCCCAGAUUCAACCAACCUCGAAUGGGCUGCCGACGGGGAACAUUUCCUAACCUCCACUACAGCCCCACGUUUGAGGACAGCAAACGGUUUUAAGGUGUGGCACUACUCCGGAUCUCUGUUACACGAAGUGAGCUGGCCUCAAGGCGAGGAGCUCUACGAAGUCGUGUGGAAACCCUUUCCUAAACUGGCAUUUAAAGACCCACAGAUAACAAAUAAAAAGGUCGAGGGCAUAGUUCCCAGCCAGCCACAAGCUUCUAAACAGGCUUACAGGCCUCCAUCAGCCAGGAAUAAGCCGGUGGUGAAUUUUAAGCUUCACGAUGAGGACGAAGAAGCCCAUAAAGUCGGUUCAAAUAAUAACCCAUCUAAGGCGGCGCUGAAGAACAAAAAGAAGAGAGAAGCGAAGAAAGCAAAGCAAGGUGAAGAUGGGGAAGAGCAGCAAUCAGCACCGUUGGUCAGUAGCGUGAAGGUAGAACUGACAGGGGAUCCAGAAAUUGACAAAAAGCUGAAAAAUAUCAAAAAGAAACUGGAUGCGAUAGAAAAGUUGAAGAAAGACCAAGCUUCCGGGAAAACUCUGGAAAUCAAUCAGCUGGCGAAAAUCAAAGGAGAGGCUGAUUUGUUGAAAGAACUGGAGAAUUUAAAAGUCUAAAAAAAUAUAUAUAAAUGAAAAGGAGAAAUAUUUUAUAUAUUUUUUAAUGACAUUGUCUUGUUGCGCUUUGAUGGAAAUAAAUGAUAUGAUUGAGUUUA